CGGGACUGUGGUUGAGGGUAGUUAAAUGCUGAGAGACACUUCUCUUUGGAUUUCUACAUGCGCCUCAGUAAAGCUGACGUUCAGGUUCAGUAUUUCAGGAUUUUGACGGUGUGCAGUACAGGAGAGACUGAGCUGCAGCGUCGGGCCAGAGCUGAGGGUUGAAACGCAGCCAGGGUUCCUUCCAGAAUAACCGAAUAACAAUGGGGAAGAGCUGCCGAGUCAGCAAGCUGUGUGUCGUGUGUGUGGUCUUGACCGUGAUCUCUGUGGCAACCAUUGUCACGUUGUGGACUAUUGGCCUCUCAGGAGAUAAUGGUGACGUCACAGAGCCUUGGGACAGGUAUCGGCUGCCCACAGCUUUAGUUCCUGAGUCCUACAACAUCACCCUGUGGCCUCGUCUCAGACCAGACCCACACUCAGGCCUUUACAUUUUCACAGGAAGAUCAACUGUGCAGUUCAAAUGUCUGGAGGCGACAAAUCUGAUCCUGAUUCACUCCAACAAACUCAACUACACAAAGAUGGAAGACACACACGUGGCCAGGCUCAGUGCUCCAGGGGGCGUGUCUUCUCCCAGCAUUACGUCGACUUGGCUGCAGUUGGAGACACAGUAUCUUGUCAUCCAUCUGAACGGUGAAUUAAUUCCUGGACAGAAUUAUCAGUUGGACUCAGAGUUCUUGGGAGAGCUAGCUGAUGACUUAGCAGGAUUCUACAGGAGUGAAUAUGAUGAAGAUGGAGUCAAAAAGAUUGUUGCCACAUCUCAGAUGCAUCCAACUCACGCCAGGAAGACCUUUCCUUGUUUUGAUGAGCCAGCCAUGAAAGCUGUUUUCCAUAUGACUCUCAUCCACCCUCCUGGAACCGUAGCCUUGUCCAAUGGCUUAGAAACAGAUGUUGUUAACGUCACUGUUGAUGGAGAAGUUGCGACACAGACUAAGUUUGAACCUACAGAGAAGAUGUCCACCUACCUUCUGGCCAUCAUCGUCUCUGACUACGCACACCUGAACACCACCCAGGGAGGAACUCUGAUCCGUAUCUGGGCACGCAGGAGGGCCAUUCAGGAGGGACAGGGGAACUAUGCCCUCAACGUGACCGGACCUGUACUGGACUUCUUCCAGUCUUAUUAUAACAUUUCAUACCCGCUGACCAAGUCAGAUCAGAUUGCCCUGCCAGACUUUUAUUUUGGUGCAAUGGAGAACUGGGGUCUGGUGACCUACAAAGAAAGCAACCUUCUCUAUGACCCUGACACCUCCUCCAACAGGAAUAAAGAAACCACAAACACCAUUGUUGCUCAUGAAUUGGCGCAUAUGUGGUUUGGUAACCUGGUGACGCUGCACUGGUGGAAUGAGGUCUGGCUGAAUGAGGGCUUUGCCACAUAUGUGUCCUACCUAGGAGCCGACCAUGCAGAGCCUGACUGGAACGUGAAAGACUUGAUAGUACUGGAUGAUGUGCACAAAGUGUUUGCAGUGGAUGCACUGGUGUCCUCUCAUCCUCUGACCUCUAAAGAGGACAGUAUCGUCUUGCCAGGACAGAUCAUGGAGCAGUUUGACACCAUCUCAUACAGCAAGGGUGCUGCAGUAUUGAGGAUGCUGUCUGACUUCCUGACAGAGUCAGUCUUCAAGCAAGGACUGAGUAGCUACCUCAGACAAUUUUCUUACAGUAACACAGUUGGGAGUGACUUAUGGAAACAUCUACAGAGAGCAGUGAAAGAGAACAACGUUUCACUUCCUGAUGAGGUUGAUUCCAUCAUGAACCCUUGGGUGCUUCAGAUGGGCUUCCCUGUGGUUACCGUGGAUACGACCUCAGGAGAGGUUUCCCAGAAUCACUUCCUGCUGGAUCCAGAGUCCAACGUCACGGUCACAUCACCUUACAACUACGAGUGGGUGAUUCCUGUGCGCUGGAUGAAGGACGGUGACGUCCACAGAGACAUCUGGUGGCUGAUGGAGAAGAAAGCUGUGAAUCUGGACAUUAGGAGCGGAGAUUCGUGGGUUCUGGUUAACAUCAACGUAACUGGAUAUUACCGGGUAAACUAUGACCUGGGAAACUGGGAGCGGCUGUUGUCCAAGCUCAGCACGGACCACCAGGUGAUACCUGUGAUCAACAGAGCCCAGCUGGUAGAUGAUGCUUUCAAUCUGGCCAGAGCUCAGCUGGUCUCCACCACCCUUGCUCUCAGGACCACCUCCUACCUGGUGCAGGAGACCGAGUACAUGCCCUGGCAGUCUGCGCUGGACAAUCUGCACUACUACAACCUCAUGCUUGACCGCACUGAGGUCUAUCAGCCCAUGCAGGACUACAUCAAGAAGCAGGUGACCCCACUCUUCCUGCACUUCAAGAACAUCACCUCAGACUGGGCACACACUCCCAAGAGACACACCGACCAGUACAACCAGGUAAAUGCAGUUCGGACGGCCUGCAAAACUGGACUAGCAGAGUGCCAGAAUCUGACCAGCACGUGGUUCAAACAGUGGAUGGACAGUCCUCAUUACAAUCCCAUCCACCCCAACCUGCGCUCGGCGGUGUACUGCAGCGCCAUCGCCGCAGGCCGCGAGGCUGAGUGGCACUUCGGAUGGUCCCAGUUCAAGAACGCGUCCGUGGCCAGCGAGGCCAGUAAACUCAUGGCGGCUCUGGCCUGCACCAACGACACGCAGCUGCUGAACACUUAUCUGAAUUACACCCUGGAUCCUGCGAUCAUCCGUAAGCAGGACGCCACCACGGUCAUCACGUCUGUAGCCAGUAACAGAGCUGGACAGAGUCUGGCAUGGGACUUCGUCAGGGAGCAGUGGGAAUACAUGUUCACAGAAUAUGGCGUGGGCUCUUUCUCCUUUGCCUCUCUGAUCACUGGGGUCACAGCGAGGUUCUCUACACCUGCUGAACUACAACAGCUGGAGGCUUUCGUGGAGCAGCACAAGGCCUUAGGCUUUGGUUCGGCAUCUCUGGCUGUGGACCAGGCGUUAGAGAAGACGAAAGCAAACAUCAAGUGGGUGGAGCAGAACAAACCUGAAGUCCUGAGCUGGUUCAACAGUCAAACCGGAACUCAGAGGAACUUACAGAGCUGUUCAAUAGAAGAGCGUAUUUGAUCAGAACUUAAAUCAAUGACUGUCUGUGCACUGAAACACUCGUUUAAUGUUCUGGUUUUUUUUAAGUUCAGUGUAUUAAUCACAAUCAUAAAUACUCAAAAAACCCCAGUGAAGUUCUUCAAACAAGAAUCCUCCUGAAAUAAAUGAAUAAAAUGAC